GGCUCACAUUCGCGCGGUCGUACACAUAUUAUUAUCAUCAUUACGAACGAGCGCCCUCUUCUCGAUCACGAUCCCGUGCACAACAUUUAAGAUCGUCGUAAUAUUAUUAUAGUGCGCGUUCGUAUCAGUGCUACAUGUGCGGGCAGACGUCUCCUAAGACUCGUAUAUUAUUAUCAUCAUGCACGCCGCCGCUGCAUCUCCGAUGCUCCCGACCCCGCUUCUGCUGACGGCGUUUGCCACCUUAGCGACGCUGCUCCAGGCUCCAGCGGUCCAAGCGGGUAUCAUCUCGCUCAUCCAAAACAACGUGCUGGGCACGGCGGAAUUCCACAGACAGCAGUCAUGGCCGUUCGACCCGAACGUGAGUGCCCGUCGGACGCACGAGUUCGUCGCGCUGCACGGCGACAAGUCCGAGAGGUUGAUCGAACGCAUCGGCCUGGGAUUGGACGGCAGACAGCACGAGCGCCGGGAACAGCAGGUGGUCAGGGACAUCUUGUACGACCGGCAGCAGCGGAACGAGCCAGCUUCCGGUGCAGGCGCCGGUUAUCACCAGCAACAAUUUCAGCAACCGUUCCAGCCGGCGCAGGCGUAUCCGGCCGGAUAUGCACGAAGACGAUGAUGAGGUUUUGCAUGUGCCGAUGUCCGUCGAUCACACGUCGUCGUCGAUGGUCCAGUAAUGGCAUAAUAUUAUAAUGUUAUUUACUGCGUCGGUAACGACCACUUACUCGCCACUGCAGCUGCAGUUUGCACUGUUUGCUAGCAUAUAUAUAUGUGUAUAUAUAUAUAUAUAUAUAUUAUAUUAUGUAUGAAAUGUAUAUUAUCCGACGUGAUGCAGUGAAAACCGUGUUGCGCGCGUAUGCAUUUAAUAACAUAUUAGUAUAGUUUUAAGUACACUAAUACGCAUCUGAAUGGCGAAUGGAGAUAGUAUAAAUAUUUAGAAUUUAGAUAAAACAAAGUGUUAUAGUCAUUAGAGUUGUAUAUAUGUAUUAAUGUUAUGUAUCUACCUCUACCUAUAUGUAGUAGUUACCUAUACCUACUAUAAUCACGACUUUCCUCCUCGACAAACUGUUUAUUAGCUUCACGCAGCAUUAGCAGCAAUACAUUAUACAUGGGUUAGACCAGAGGUACUCAAAGAGUGCAGGGACACGACUCUCCAGGGGGUCGUGAAAGCUUUAUAGGGGGAGGGGGGCGCAAGACAAUUUUAAAAAUCAACAUUGUAUUGGUAGGUUAGAAAAAGAUUAGUGAAAUGUGCGCAAUAAUAAUCGCUAUUAAAAUUAUUUUUUUGAGGAGGGCUUACGUCUGGAGUUGACCUGGGACUUGGGCUGAAAAGUUUGAGAGCUGGAUUAGGCGAUGAACUGAUGACACAAAAUAUUAUGAUCGAGACUUUUUCAAGACAAUGUUCAAAAACAUUGAUUUACUCUUUAAAUUAGAUUUA